GGUAAGAUCAUAACAUUUUACAACUCCUAUCUUAUCACAUAUUUAUCAAAUUUCAUACUCUUGUUCACGACAAUAUGUCACCUAAUAACAUCCUCGCUUUCAUCGGCUUUUUAGCCAUCACUUCCUAUGUUGCUUAUGCUACUGAUCCUAAUCAACUCCAAGAUUUCUGUAUCGGGGUAAAUGACCCUAAUGCUGCAGUAUUUGUUAAUGGAUUGUUUUGUAAGAAUCCCAUGCAAGCAAAACCAGAAGAUUUUUUCCUCGAAGGGGCUCUAAAAAAUCCUGGAGUCACCCGCAACAGACUUGGCUCGAAUGUUACCCAAGCGACCGCAACACAACUACCAGGGCUCAAUACACUCGGCGUAUCACUAGUUAGGAUCGACUUUGCACCAAAUGGAGGACUCAAUCCACCCCACACACACCCUCGUGCAACCGAGCUCUUGACCGUGAUUGAAGGAACCCUUUACGUCGGGUUUGUGACCUCUAACCAAGAGUGUGGAAACCAACUCUUUGCGAAGGUGCUCAACAAGGGAGAUGUUUUUGUGUUUCCACAAGGUCUAGUUCACUUCCAAAUUAAUAUUGGUAAAAUUCCGGCUAUUGUGAUUGCUGGAUUAAGCAGCCAGAACCCAGGUACUGUCACCAUUGCUAAUGCUGUGUUCAGGGCUAAUCCACCUAUUUCUGUUGAGGUUCUGAGCAAGGCAUUCCAAUUGGAUGACAACAUGGUCAAGCAUCUGCAAGCUCUGUUUUUGAUUAGCCCAUAAUUGUUUGUUUGGUGAUAUAAUUUGGGAUUGUUAUCGCAUUUAUACUACUUUGUUUCAUCUAUGUACGGGUAUACAAUAAGCUUUUGGGUUAGACGCAGAUGAUACUAUCUGCUUAAUGUUAAAUGUUGUAUGUAACGUUUAUGUGUGGCUUUGAUCAAAUAAAAGGACGCUUCUAUAUGGAGCUUCACAUA